AUAUGCUGACGCGUCGUCGGACUUGCGUAUCCGAAAAGCACUUUUCUUGACGUGUAUGCGAUUUGAUCGCAAGUCAACUUUGGUUUGUUAGAAUCUGGCAUGGUUUCCCUAAUUCCCGUAGGGGGCAGACAAUUGCGACACGUUGGGGACUUGCGCCGGUUAACCCUGUCAUCACAGUUGCAUGUCGUUAGUGCAUCGCGACGAAUUGGUGUACUAAAUACGCCUCUCAACUUACAUUCUGUUGGCCUUGAGGUCCUUUUGAAAACACCUGCUGUCCGCUUAUUACAACAACCACUCCAUCAAUGUAUGAGACCAUUGUCAUCCCAUCGACCCCACCGCUUUCAAGCAGCCAGACAAUGCCGAUCGCCAGCACCGUUUUGCCCACUUUCACUCUCACCUAGCACAUGUCCCUAUCGGCCCCCUUUCAGUAACUUUUCAGGCAUGGCUAUUCCAGGUUCCGAUACGACUGAUAUCCAGGGAAGCAUAUCCGUCCACCCCGAUCAUAAAUACAACGGAGCUUACUGGCUCCGCAUAUCCAUUCCUCGACCCAUUUCCAGCAAUCUGAAAUGCCAUAGUAAAACUUCCCAAUACAUCGAUGUAGCACCUACCGAUCCACAGGCUCCAUCCACAUUGCAAAGUUCAAGUCCUGCAUUGUCCCCUUCCAAGAAAGAAACUUGCAUCUUCUUCAUUUCUCCAACAGAAACAAUAUCGGAUGUUCUCGCACAUUUGAGAGAAGAGUACCCCGAACUUGGUGUACCUCAAGCAGUGAAGGGCGACCGCUCAUGUGUCGAUCAACCCGACCAAAUGUCCCUCGACGAAUUCGUGAAGGGGAGCUAUCAUAUCCAGAUUGGGCCAAGAAUACAUCUCAUGGUAGAUAAGAGGGAAAUGAGAAGCCAAUUGAAGGAAACAGAAGUCCGAUUGACAAAAAUGAGAGCAGAGUUGAUGGGUUUGGAUGAGAUGAUGUCGACAAUAGAAAAGGGAGUCAAUAAAAGAGUCGCUUUCCUCAAGUAUGCAGGAUUAACCUAUGUGUGCGGGCAACUUGGAACAAUCGUCUUCCUCACACAACAGCUGGGUUGGGAUUUGAUGGAGCCCGUUUCAUAUCUAGUGACGGUAGCAACAAUGAUUUUCUCUGCUGUUCUCUACGUCAGCAUGCGACGCGAGCCAGAUUACUCCAAUAUUGCAUCGUGGCUACGUACAACUUUUCGAAGGCGCUUGAUGCGACGAAAAGGAUUCGAUGAACAAAAGUACGAAAAGUUGAGAAAGGAAGUUGAUGGACGAACAUCGUGGGCUGGACGAAUGGGGCGGUUAAUAUAGUCUCACAUGGUGAAUAUUUGGAUGCCACAGAUGUACAUGAGAGUAACGAUGGAGGGAUUUCUCUGUUAGGUUAUUACAGCCAAGUCAUUGGUGCCA